CUUAAUAAUUGUUUUACAAGAAAUAGUAGUAAUGUUAUUUCUUUGUGUUUCUUUAUAGCAAAAGGUGAAAUUGAGGCAAUUGUGGUACCAAUCUGUCUCUGUUUUCUCCUUAUCACCUUGGGAGCGACGCUACUUUGCUUCAAAAACAGACAUCUAAUUAAAACCUGCGUUUGGCCAAAUGUUCCAGAUGCUGCAAAUAGCAGGAUUGUUGAUUGGUCAUCUAACAAUGGAAACCAUAUCAAGAAUAACCUAGGCCCAACUGAUCCUGUGAAUCUGGAUGGCUUUAUUUCUGACGUCACUAUAAUUGAAGCUGAUGCCGAUAAUAAAUACUCAUCUAAUGAGGAUGAUAUGAAGCAAUUGUCAUCGCUGAAAAAGGAAAAGAGUACAUCAGGAGAGCAUAGCAGUGGCAUUGGAGGAUCUUCGUGCAUGUCAUCCCCUCGACAAAGUGUUUCUGAUAGUGAUAGUGAGUUGGCACAGAACACAACAAGCAGCACAGUUCAGUAUUCAACUGUACUAGUGAGUGAUACUGGUUACAAGUGCCAACAACCAUCAGGACAAGUUUUUGCAAGGUCUGAAUCAACCCAGCCUCUUCUAGAAAAUGAAGAAAAGCCUGAUGAACAUUCAUAUGGCAAUUUUGGAAGCCGCAGUACAGAAGUAAAAAGACAGUAUUUUAAGCAGAAUUGUCAUGUUGAGGAGCCCAUUUUGAAAGAAGUACCUUCAAAUGAAGGUGAAAUCCUGGGUGAUAUGGAUGAAGGUAGCUCCGUCAGACUAAGUCGAACGGAAAUUUCAGAUCGGAACUCUGAGGAAUCCUGUCCUGUUGUGGAAGACUUUUCAAGCUCUGAUGACCAAACCGUUGUCAAAUUGGACUUGUUGGGAUUUGAUGGAUGUUUAGAAACUGAUCAGCAAAGUUAUAUGCCUCAGGCUGUGAAACACAACAGUUAUAUGCCUCAGUCUAAAUAAGUCUAUGCUUUGUGCUUGAGGUGCAAAAACUUUUAUUUCGGAGGUAAAGUGUCAAAAAUGUGAACCUCUGUUUAAUGUCCACACUUAUCCUGAGUAAGCCUAAAUCAUUUGUAAUUUGAUUAACUAUAGUUAUACUAAGAACAUUGUAUCUGUGUCUUUGAAUAGUGUAUGUAAAAACAUGGACACCAGUUUUUGAGCUUAAAUUAUUUGCUGGUUUCCAGAAAUGACCUGGCCACUGUUUGUGCACACACUGAGCUCUUCUCCGAGCUAUGUACAUGCUUGUGUUACAGGUCCAGCACCAAGCUACACACUUAGUCCUGCUUCCAGUCAUAUUCCUGCUAUUUCUUGCUGUCAGGGAUGUGUAGUGAUGUUGCUCCUUGUAAUUUCCUAAGAAUAGCUGGUUAAGACAGAGUAGUGAGUACAGCCUUUUUGUUACAAUUGUGACCAAGCAGCAUUUCUACUCUGACCUGGUGGGACAUCACUUGGAAGGGAGGGAGUCUUUGGUGACUUCAACAUGAAAGUGGGAAAAAGCACCUCUGGCAACAUGUAAUUGGUAAAGAGUAGGAAAGGCCAACUUUAUUGGUGUCCUUCUGAUGAAAUGAAGCAUGGAUGACAUAACCAGCACUGUUUUGUCAGAGAUGAGUACUAGAAGAUAAGACAGUGAUCCAAUCCUGGGUGCCGCCGUUUGUUGGAAUAUAUCUUCUGAGCAAGAAACCAUCAAAUUGCCCACAGAAUGAAAAGAACCAAUGUUUUGCAUACUGAUAGCAACCUGGUCCCAGAACACCAGUGCCAACAGAGAUGUUGCCGCAGCAGAGGGAAAAAAAAACUUGAAGGUUUCAAGGACUGCAUGAUCACUUGUGGUAAUGCAUGGGGCAGUUCAGCCAUUAAACAUGGACUUUUCUCAUCCUCAGUGAAACGUACAAAGGAAAUUUGUCUCCAUGGUGUAUGUGCUUCAUUAUGGUAUGCAAGCUUGAUCCUAUCCAACAAAUAUAAGAGGGACAGUAUCAAGCAAUACUGUUACAUUGGUAUUGCACUUGGCCUCCAACAAGCUUCCAUUGAAGUAGAGCUUUCAGAUUGGAGACCUGUGAUCAGUAGUAUGCUGCAAGAAGCGAUGCUCGAUCUGUUGUUCUUCAUAAUGGUGAUUUGGAUGAGAAUGGAGUUAGGUUAACUAGUAAGUUUGCAGAUGACACCAAAAUUGGUGGUACAGUGGAAAAUACAGGCUAGCUAAGUUUUCAACAGGAUAUAAAUUAACUUGGAAACUGGGCAAGAGAAUGGCAGAUAAAAUGAACAAUUGCAGGCUAAUUUAUUUUGUGAAGUUAAACCAGGGGAGAAUCAAAAGUGAAUGGCAGAGCUCUGUGUAAUAUUAUUGAACAGAAAAAUCUUAGGGUACAAGCACAUUUCUUCCCUGAAAAUGGAAACAUAGAGGCAACAGUGACCCUUGCCCCUAUUUAUGCCUCUGAGACCUUUAUUAGAAGUAGGUACCAAAAAUGUAGCCACAAUUAUUUUCCAGUCUAAAGGACAGUUUAGUUUUGGUGUAAUUGUGUUGCAAGAAAGAUUACAAUCUUGUAGUAUUAUGACAUUGUGAUCAACUUUUGUUAGGAUGAGAUUUUGAAUGUUACCUAAUGAAUAUUAAUGUUUAAAAUUCUAUAUCUCAUUUAAAGGCUUUGUUUACUAAACUAAUACCGUAUUUGGUUCCAUACACUGUAAUUCUUUGAAACAGGUACGAAAUGUAUUUGGCCUGGAAGGCACAAGUAAUUAAAGAUGUCAAUAACUAUUGUAAAUAAUAUGUACCAACAUUAUCCAUUGGCUGUACGUAAUGCUUUUAUAAACAUUGGAAUCUUUUUCAAAAAAAUAUUCAGUGAAAGUGGCAAGUAUUAAUCAAGAUUUUAACACCUUUUAAUCUAAAGGUGGCCAAAGCACUACAAACAUUUGACUAUAAACUGGGUUCAGAGUAGAGAAGAAGCCAUAUUUGCACUUGUACCGCUAUUUGCCUCUUUUUUAAAAAAAAUAUGCAAUCUUAUAAUACAUGCCUUAUUUGGGCUGGGUGAAAAUACAAGAAUGCAAAUUGUAAAGACUAAUUUGAGUUGUGAGCUUUGUGUUAAGUAAAGUGCGGUAGUCCAAAUUCUCCCAAACAGGGCAACGUUUUGAGACGCCUGCCAACCAACAGUGAUGGUGAAGUCACUGUCUAUGCAUGGAGUAAGUUUAGAAAAGUUUGAAUGUAGAUUCAGGUGAGCUUAAAGGAUGCAUGCCAUUUAAUAUAAUCCGUUCUACAAUAUUUUAAUCAAGUUCUGAACAUCACAACCUAAUCAAUUGUCAUAUUAUACUAUUCACUCAUACCUGCAAACCUCUUGCUCUAAGCAUGUGCUAUAAACCAAAGUUUUUCAAUUAUAAAACACUGCUAAUAGUUGGUUCAUGAGAAUUCCAAAACUCAUGAAAUUGAUGAUUAUGAAAUUUAAGUUUACUGAGCAGCAAAUGCAGUUUUACAAGCAGUAGUUCGGUCUUUUCAGUUUUAGUUGGAUUUGAACCUUACUAAUUUUGCCAGAGUCAAAAUACGAUUGUUCAAGUUUUCAUGGUGUUGCUUUUCCUUUUCAUGAGCAAACUCUGUUAUCCAUAUUUCCUGCCUUCAAAACAUUUAAAAAAAUUAAAGAAUCUCUGCCUGAAAUGCUGCUGCUCUAUACAAUCUCUCUGGAAGAGCAAUCUUGUCAAUCCUGCUGUUUGUUCCCCACAACUUGGCAGAUAUUCUCCCUCAAUUAGACUUUAAAAGUCAAUGAAAUUUGUUUCUUUGUAUUAAAUGAGAAAAUGUGAUAUAAUUGACAUUUUUAAAUAUAUGUGUCACUGACUAUAUGGUAACAAAUAGCCCAAACAGGACAUUUUCUUUAUUGCAUUUAAAGGUAUAUUGGAAUAUUAUGUAAAUCAUCUCUCUUCACCUAUUCUUUAUUUCCAGGGGAUUGAAUAAGUUCCUGAAAAGAUUAUACUCCAAACUAAAAAUAUGCAUAAACAUGGUAAUGGGCUGUUAAGGGAACAAUGUAUAAAGACUAUUCUAUUGCUUGUUGUUUUUCAAUAAUUGUUAGAAAUAGUGGGUGGCACCGCAAUAUAGUGGUUAGUGUAACACUUCAGUUACAGUUCAAUUCUGCUACUGUGCAUAAGGAGAGAUUUUUUUCCCAUGACUGCAAAGGUUUCUUCCCACAGUCCAAAGACCAACAGUUAGUUAGUUAAUUAGUCACGUCAUGUAAUUGGGUGGUGUGGAUUCAUUGGGUCAGAAGGGCCUCUUACCAUACUGUAUCUCAAAAUAACAAAGAACCAGAGGCAAAAAAGCAUUUGUAUAAGUAUAAAUUAUUUUAAGUCAUCCAGUAAUUAUUUGUAUUUAUAUACAGUGUAUCACAAACACAAGUGGAGCUUGAGGAUAGAAAUAAGUAGUUUGGAGGUAGUAGUGUGCUUUGAAUAGAUCUGCCAAUAAUGUGAAAAGGAAAAAUAAUACAUGAAAUCUGAAAUGGCAAAUGCUGGAGGCAUUUUUCAGGUUGGGCAGCGUCUAUGGAGAGAGAAAAAAAUGUUAAAAUUUAUGGUCAAAGACCUUUCAUCAAGUAAUCAUCAAUGAAAGGAUAUGAAUGAAACAUUAACCUUGUUUCUCCCUGCACAGAUGCUGCCUGAUCUGGUAAGUAGUCUAGACAUUUUGUGCUUUUUUUUCUGCUAGCAAUGUGCUUGUAUUCAACACAAGUCUUAUUUUAUGUUUAUUUUUAUAAAUGCCUAACCAUAUAGUGCAGGAGCAAGAGUGUGGGUUUUGAAAACUCAUUGUUAGUAGUGGUGAAAAUGUGUAUUUGAGGAGCUGUCAUACUGCCAAGGCCAAGAUGGUCAUUAUCUUGAUUUUGUUUUCUUUUAAAAGAUUAAACAGGAAAAUUAAGUGGAUUAGUUAAUUUUGGCUUUGACUAUUUUUGUAUAGGCUUUAAGGUACGGAUGUGGCUGCCAUAUGUUUAUACUGUAGGUAUUAUUUGUCAAUGAUCAGGUCAAAUAAAAUUCUGUAUAUGA